AUCAUAUAAUAACGUCUAUUCCGUUGCAAAAAUACUCACUUGCACCUGAUUAUUUAAAUAAACAUAGUUAUAGUGAAUAUGGAUAAUUAAUCUAUAAUUGAAAAUGUAGAGAUCUAUGUUAAAGAGAAUUUAAAUUAUUAACCUUGAAGUUUGAACCUAAAAGAAUUGAAAGAAUAGUGAAUUUUAUUUGUAAGAAUAGGAAAACAUAAAAAAUGACUGCCAAAGCUGCUCAAGCGAUAGUAUUAACAUUGGUUGGAUGUAUGCUAAACAAUGUUUUUCUUGAAUAUAUUAUCAAAUUAGACCCAGGAGCAGGACAUUUGAUAACAUUAUGCCAGUUCUUAUUUAUUGCUGUACAUGGACUCAUUUUUACCUCAAAGUUUGGAACAGUUAAGCCCAAAAUUCCAUUAAGUGGUUAUAUGACGUUAGUGGUAUUAUUCUUCACUACAAGUGUGGUGAACAACUGGGCAUUUGCUUUUAAUAUUCCUGUGCCAUUGCAUAUGAUCUUUAGAGCAGGUUCACUAAUUGCAAACAUGAUAAUGGGUAUUAUUGUUUUGAAGAAGAAAUACACACUAGAAAAAUAUAUAUCAGUACUUUUAAUUACCUUGGGUAUUAUCAUUUGCACCAUUUACUCAAGUACAGAGAAACCAAAGGUAUGUGCAGACUGCGAAUUAGGUGUAGAGACUCAUUCAGAUGCAGUAGCAGAUCAUUUCUUCUGGUGGAUCAUUGGAAUAAUCUUGCUAACAGGAGCUUUACUACUAUCAGCAGGAAUGGGUAUUUUCCAAGAGGGACUGUAUCAGAAAUAUGACAAACAUCCAGAAGAAGCGCUUUUCUACACACAUUUGUAUCCUCUGCCUGGAUUCCUCAUUUAUUCGUCAAGCCUGAUAGAACACAUCGACAUAGCAAAUAAAAGUGACCUGAUAAAUAUUCCUGUAGUGAAUUUUGCAGUACCAGUACUAUGGGCAUUGCUAUUUUUAAAUGUAGUCACUCAAUUUGUCUGUAUCAGCAAUGUGUAUGUCCUAACCUCAGAAUGCGCCUCCCUGACUGUAACAUUAGUAAUUACUCUAAGAAAAUUCUUUUCUUUAGUGUUUUCAAUUAUAUACUUCCAAAAUCCCUUUACCAUAGUUCACUGGAUUGGUACUAUUAUGGUAUUUACGGGUACUUUGAUGUUUUCGGAAACGCACCAUAAAAUUAAGAACUUGUUGGUUUCUCCUGACCAAGACAAAAUAAAAAAGAAGAAUUAAAAUUGGCAUUGUAAGAAAAUUAAAUUAAAUUUAUUGUUUUUUUUUUAUUUCGUAUAAUACAACUUAGAGAAAUGAG